UGCCUCGACGCGCCGCGCUCAUGUAUCUGAGGACCGCCCAUCGCAAUGAAGUGUCUGUGGUUAUUUGUGAUCGUUCUUUGUGUCACGUGCGACGCUGCCAACAAACCGAGGAGAGGCAGAGGCAGUAUGUGGUGGGGUAUAGCCAAAGCGGGGGAGCCAAAUAAUCUGUCGCCGAUUUCACCCGGGGUCUUAUACAUGGACCCUGCCGUCCACGCCACCCUCAGGCGAAAACAGAGAAGACUUGCCAGAGAGAACCCUGGAGUGCUGUCAGCAGUGGCCAAGGGCGCCAGCAUGGCUGUCGCCGAGUGUCAGCACCAGUUUAAGUACAGAAGAUGGAACUGCUCAACAAGAAACUUCCUCAGAGGGAAAAACUUGUUUGGCAAAAUCGUGGACAGAGGUUGCCGCGAAACAGCGUUCAUCUACGCCAUCACAAGCGCGGGAGUGACGCAUGCGGUGGCGCGCGCAUGCGCAGAGGGCUCCAUAGAAUCGUGCUCGUGCGACUAUUCGCACAUCGACCGCGUGCCGCACCGCACCCGCGCCGCCGCCGCCGCCAACGUGCGCGUCUGGAAGUGGGGCGGCUGCAGCGACAACAUCGGCUUCGGCUUCCGAUUCAGUCGGGAAUUCGUCGACACCGGCGAGAGAGGCAAAACCCUCAGAGAAAAAAUGAACCUACACAACAACGAGGCCGGUCGAGCGCAUGUGCAAACGGAGAUGCGGCAGGAGUGUAAGUGUCACGGUAUGUCAGGCUCGUGCACUGUCAAGACCUGCUGGAUGAGGCUGCCCAGCUUCCGCUCAGUGGGCGACUCCUUGAAAGAUCGCUUCGACGGUGCGUCCCGGGUCAUGAUGCCUAACACUGACCUGGAGCCUCCUACGCAGAGGAACGAAGCGGCGCCACACAGAGUGCCACGAAGGGACCGAUACAGGUUCCAACUGCGACCUCACAAUCCAGAUCACAAAUCGCCGGGGGCGAAAGAUUUAGUUUACUUGGAGUCAUCGCCGGGUUUCUGUGAAAAGAACCCGAGACUGGGCAUCCCCGGUACACACGGGCGCGCCUGCAACGACACGAGCAUCGGCGUGGACGGGUGCGACCUCAUGUGCUGCGGCCGGGGCUACCGGACCGAGACCAUGUUCGUGGUGGAGCGGUGUAACUGCACGUUCCACUGGUGCUGUGAAGUCAAGUGCAAGCUCUGUCGCACGGAAAAAGUGGUGCACACGUGUUUAUAGACUCGCGGACGCUGAUGACGAAGUGAUCAAUGAGAGAAACUUUAGUGCCGGACAGAUGUGAUUGUGACUCAGACUCGAGAGUGGACCUGUUUUCUUAUUCGGAGGCAGAUAACGGACCUUGUAUAUAAUCACUUCACUUUUUCAUCUAUCCAAGUCGUCGAAAUCGUAUAUCAUGUUGACUUAUGUAAAUAGUUUCUCUAUCACUGUUUAUUUCUUCUUUUAUACAUGAUAAUUGAUCCGGCGUAAAAUUAAAGUAAGCUACUCGUUCGGUUAAUUUAUUUGACUAUUAAGUGCGAACAUGUGAUCUAGUGACUUUAUUUUUUUUGGACACUGUCGUUCGGAAAUUAAUGAGACCAGUUUACAGACGAUUUAUUUCUAUCAUCAACUCAUUUUGUAUUUAUUCUAAAUUGGACUUAUUGGUUUCCUUACGCGGUCAGCUGUGUUAUUUAUUUAUUCGUAGGUAUCGUACAUACUCGACUGAGCAUCCCAAGGAGACACGAACGCAAACUGAAUCAAAUGUACGAGACUUUAAAUGAUAUUUCUUAAUAUCGUUCCAAAGUUAAUACUCAAGUUUUUCAAAGAAGUUAUUCGCAAAUAUUAAAACAGCGGCAAUAAUCAUUUGAGUUUUAUAAAUACUUUCUAUUUUAUGGACGUCCGCGUUGGGUGCAUGCUCGCAUAACUGUUUUGAGAUACAACAGCGAAAUUAUCUUGUAAUUAUAAUUUCAUAUUAUAAUUAAACCGGCUAAUGGAAUUUAAGGCUUAAUAGCAUUUGCAUAAAGUGUCUUCUUGGGUGUUCAGCGGCGGAGGUAGCAUUGGGCCUUAUCAGUCAGUAAGUAGCGCCAUCGUAAAAGUGUCCCACAUUACGAGAUAAACGCUCUGGAGAAUUUUAAUUAAAUAUUAAACGAAUUAAAUAAUCAGUAUUAUACGUAUAAUAUUGUAUGCGUGUUGCGUCCGAUACAGCGAGAUAGUGUUGCACGCAAACUCGGCUGAUACCCGUUACACGUUUUAUACAUAUGCUCGUCCCUUCAACUCUUAGUGUAUGUAAGUGCAUGUGCUAUUACAAUAGUAACGUUGUGUUUCAACGCUUUUAUACUAAUGUUAUUGUAGUUAGACAGAUUACAUCGCAAACUAUUCACUUGGCGAGUUCAUUCGAAACCUCAUAACCCUUUGGACUAACAUCACUAACUUUGAAUUCAUUAUUGAAUUAACAUUGACCCUUAUUGACAAAAUUUUGACCUUUUUCUUUGGACAAAAUGUUUUGACAUUCCAAAUUUGAUAGUUUGCCAGUAAAUGUGGAAGCUUUAUGAUCAUGCAAGUAAUUAUAUCAACUUGAAUGAUAUUUCAAAUGUGAUAUAAACAUAGUUAUAGCCAGUAAGUUUGUAUAGCUAGCGUAAUCCUACUGAGCUUAAUUUAUGUGUGUAACAAAUACACAGAACAUACUAACUCGUCAAGUAUGUUUUUAUAUAAAAAAAUAUUUAUUAAAAAAACAUGUUUUAAUUUAUUUUAUUUUACUUUAAAAUUAAUUAACAUUUUAAAGUAAAAUAACGUGUUAGUUUUAGUGAAAAAUCCGAUGUUAAAACAAUCGGUAUUAUUUAAAACAGGUAUUCGAGUACUUAUCAAAUGUAUUGUUAAAAUUUAAAAAGCGCUUAAAAAUCGGAUCUCUGUACAUAGGUAACUUUUUAAAAAUGUUUUGGAAUUCAAUGACAGAGUCUGAAGAACUGAUACCACAUCGGAUUUAAAAGACUGAAGUUUUUUUUAUAUAAUUUUCGUAGUUAUAAUAUCCAUGACUGGAUUUAUUAAAGCCAUCGUUUUUGAAUUUUAGCAUGAUAGCUAUUGUGAUAAAAAAAGUAUUUUAACUGUAAUUUAAAACCGAAACCAGUGUUAUGAAUUACGAAAAUCGAAUUGGUGCCAUUUUUUAACUUUUUUACGCCUGACAGCUUUUUUUACCAGUUUUAAUCAAAAUUAUUAUUCUGCCUAAUUGAAUUGUCAUUGUGAAAUAUUUUUACGCAUGUAAAUAUUGUCCUUAUUGAUUAUUUUAAGUUAUUUAUGUGAAUGUUAAUAUUAGGUAAAAAUACAAUUGAAAUCAGCUGAACAUUAUCUGAAUCUCAAAUCUUAUUAUUGUAUAAUAAAUGUACCUUUUGAAAUAUAUUUCGUCCAGUAACCGCUUUUGGGGUUGACACAAUUUAUUAUAAUAUUGGUUGUACAUUAGCAGUAUCUAUUUAUAAUUAAAAUAUUGAUUAGUUGUUACUAAAAAUAUUAAAUUGAUCAAAAAACUUAA